AUGGCACUUGCUCAACAAGGAAAAACAAUUGAUGAGAAAUUAUUGGACAAUUAUGUAAAUCGAGACCUACCGAUACCAAAAAUUGAUAGUAUAACCGAUUUAGAAGAUCGUUUAAUUCAUUUACUUCGGAAUGCUCAAAAAAACACUACUCUCUGUUUUCGUUAUAAUGAUCUCUGUAUUAUUAUACGACAUGUUGAAUAUGAAAUUACCAGUAUGCGUCUAAAAAACAAAGUUUCACGUCGUUAUAAUGACUUUCUUGCAUUACACGAAUUAUUGACUUCAAAAUACCCAUAUCGAAUAAUACCAUCACUUCCACCGAAGAAAGCUAUUAAUGUUGAUAAAGAAUUUAUCGAAGAACGUCGUCGUUCAUUAAAACGAUAUCUUCUAAUCCUAUGUCGUCAUCCAACUAUUUACGACGCAGAAAUUAUAAAAUUUUUUCUAACUUUUCAAGGAACAUCAUGUGGUGAUAAUAUGAAAGCAACAUAUAAAAAUGUUCUCGAUGAAUUCAGUUCUGAAUCUCAAUCAUCAUUGAAUUUGAAUGAUAAUAUUGACAAAUGUGGAGAAGAUUAUGAUAGUAUACGAAUGUUUCGCGCAAGCCAAACACACAUUUCAUUUCUUCAUCAACAAUUAAAUCAAAUUCGUCGAUGUUUAAAAAGUAUCAAUGAAAAAAAUUUUAAAAAUGCCAAUGAUUUUGCAAAUCUUGGAAACAAUUUACAGGCACUUGCUUCAGAUUCAACAAGUAUCGAUCGAUGGGCAACAGGUCCUAAUGAUUAUUGGCCAACAAUUCAAAUUGGUCUUGGCAGUUUACCUAUUGAAAUAAAUGCUAUUUCAGAACGAGUUAAUGAACAAUGUAAACGUAAUGACGAAGUUAUUAAUGAUCAUUUGGAUAUGUUAAUUGAAUUACUUCAAGGAUAUAAUGAUUUAUGUAAACGAUUAGAAGAAACAUUAGAAAAUGAACGAAAAGCUAUUCAAAAAGCGAAUAAUCAACAAAGACGUUCAUCGACAAUAACCGAUACAACACCCAAAAAUGAUAUUAGUCUUGAAAUGCUUGAAAAACGUAAUCGACAUGCACUUCAAUGUGUACAAAUUGAAACACAAUUAGUUUAUGCAAAUUUAGAAGCAUUUGUUUAUAUUCUAAGUAGUCUUGGUAAUAGUCAAUGUAAAGGAUCAUCAGAUUUUUUCAAUAUAUGGAAAUCAUUUGCAAAUGAAGUAUCUCGACUUGGACAAACUUAUAUUACAAAAUCACCAAUAGACAGAAGGGAUACAACAGUAUACCGAAAAUAA